CGUACCCCUAUUUUAAGCUCUCUACCACAUUCUUCUUCUUUUUCUUCUUCUUUUUUCUUCUUCUACCCACUUAACCAUGGGAGAAGAACAAUUCAAUUUUAUAGACAGUGAGGCUCAAACCACAUCUUCUUCUUACUCAAAUUCUACCACCUCUCAAUCACAAAAAAUUAGCAAGAGAUCAUCAUCAUCAAAUCAACUAGAACUACUUGAUGGUCAUCAAAAAGCUGCUACUGCUUUGACUACUAACGGUGAUGAUGAUGAUGAUGAUCAAAUUAGUAAGAAGAAAGCAAAGAUUAAAAAAAGGAUUAAUGGUGAUGGGAGGCAGCAGAGGCAUCCUCAUCAUCCAACGUAUAGAGGAGUGAGAAUGCGUCAGUGGGGCAAAUGGGUCUCAGAAAUCCGAGAGCCAAAAAAGAAGUCAAGAAUUUGGCUUGGAACUUUUCCCAUCCCCGAAAUGGCCGCUCGAGCGCACGAUGUCGCCGCUCUGACGAUCAAAGGCAGCUCUGCUGUUCUCAACUUCCCUGAUCUAGCUCAAGAGCUUCCUAUUCCGGCUUCCGCCUCGCCAAAGGACAUCCAAGCUGCUGCUGCUAAGGCAGCUGCUCUUACCUACCCAAGCAGCAGCCUUGAACAGGAAGCGGAAGUCGAGACAGAGCUGAUCAGCCAAGCUGUUCACGACAGUAGUCCUCAUGAUUCAUCAUCAACUUCACCAUCAACCAAUUACAAUGAUGACAUGUUUUUUGACCUCCCUGAUCUGCUUUUAGAUGUUGGGCAUCACAGUGAUCAUGGGUUUUUCUCUGUGCCAUGGCUUGAUGAAGAGCCUGAGUUCUUGUGGGAGUGACUCAGAUCUCAGAACCAAUGGGGCAAAAGCAUUCACUGAAGAGUUGAAGAAAGCAGCAGCUUAAUUGGCAAGUUUUGUUUAAAAGUUUAUAUAAGUUGCUUGUUUUUGCCGCUCCUCCAAAGUCCAAAUAGCUACUCGAAUCAGGAAGCUCAACUUUUCAGUUUCCACAGGUUUGGUUUGGGAUUAUGUUGCCAGAGGUUCAGCUUGAUUAAUUAAUUUACUACUGUAAGGUAUGGAAUAUUAGCCAUGCCUGCUAGAUUUUGUUAAAAAAACCUGAAUAAUGUACCUUUUUAAUUAAUUUCUCAUACUUUCAGUGUAAAUAUAUAUUGAGAGAAA